CGGGCGGGGCGGGGGCGGUGCCGGUGCCGCGGGUUGGCUGCUCCCGCCUCGGCCCGGCCCGGCCGGUCCCCGUGUCCCCCCAGCCGCGCCCCCGGCCCGAAAUAGCCUGGGGCGGGGUCGGCACCGCCAUGGCGAGGCAACCCGCAAAGACGCUGUGGUAUGACCGCCCGCGGUACGUGUACCUGGAGUUCUGUGUCGAGGACAGCACGGACGUGAAGGUCACCAUCGAGGACCAGCGGCUGGUGUUCAGUUGCAAAAAUGCAGACGGUGUGGAGUUCUACAAUGAGAUCAACCUGUACGCCAGGGUCAACUCCAAGGACUCACGGGAGAAGCGCUCUGACCGYUCCAUCACGUGCUUUAUGAGGAAGUGGAAGGAGAAAGUGGCCUGGCCACGCAUCACCAAGGAGAACAUCAAGCCAGCCUGGCUCUCUGUGGACUUCGACAACUGGCGAGACUGGGAAGAUGACGAGGAGGUGGAGAGGGCCAUGGUGGAACAGUAUGCAGAGAUGCUGGAGAAGGUGACAGACAAAGCCCCGCCACCAGGCAUGGAUGACCUGGAUGAUGACUGAAGCCAGGCCCCCGGGUUCACCGCGGCCGCAGGAAGCCACCCGGUGCACCGGUAGCACGAACCGARGAGCAGCGCGGGCAGGGUUCUCCGAGGAAGCGGGGCUGCCUCAGCUCAUCCCCCGUCGCGGCCGGCGCUCCCGGCCGUGGGCGGUGAAAGCGGUCCGGUCUCCCGUACCCGGUGACUCGCGCGGGGCACGGGGCAAUAAACGUGAACUCUCGCA